GAACCUUCUUCUUCUUCUCAUUCUUCAUCCAUGGCGCCUGCGGUGGUCAAGGUCAACAAGCGCAUUACGGAUAAGAUCCGAGAGCUCAAUGGCACCGGUUUCUUUCAGAAGGAGAUUCGCCUGGGUGCCGUGGCCCGGAAGCUCACCGAGAUGGACGUGGAGAAAGCCUUGGAGCUCCUGCAAUCCGUGGCCGAGGACGCCGGCAACUACGAAGAUCCCACGGCCAAGGUCCUCGAGGCAAUUCAGAAGCUGAAUGAAGAGGCAAAGGAGGAGGAAGUCGAGGAAGAAGUACCGGAGCCACUGAACGAGCCACAGGAAGAACAGCAGGAAGAGCAGGCCGAUUGGGCCGAGUGGCCUGCAAAAGAGACAGAAGCAGAAGGAGACGAGACCGCGAAUUUGUCUGCGACGGUCAAGGGGCGAGUCCUGAAGCUGAAUAAAAGUGGGAAACUUUGCAGCGACAUUGACCUUUCGAAGGUUGGUUCUGGUUUGGCACGCCUCUCCGAGCCCAUUGCCUUGCAGCUCCUCAAGGAUGUGGACGAGAAUGCAGACAUGGUGGACAAGCCGACUCACCUGAUCGGGGACGCCUGCAAGAAAAUCCAUCAGAGUGGGCGUGGAUCUGCGGAUGAAAAAGUCGCACGGCAGAUUGGUAACUUGAUGAGGAGAAUCCGAUGGGUUAACAGCAAUGUCACACUGGCCUACCCACUCCACAUGGGCAAUGUCUUGGACAUUUUGCAGCCCCUUGAGCAUACAGAUGCAAUGCAGGUGCUGAAGAAACUGGUUGAACAAGCUGAAGAGAUUGAAUCACCUCAGACCUGGCUCAGAAAGGAAGCCAGGCAGUAUGUGGAUGAUGGAGGAAAGUGGGGCGGCCAAAGUGGCUGGAAGAAAUGGGACCAAGGGAAGGACAAGUGGGACAAGUCGGAGAAGUCCGGGAAACCGUGGAACUCGAACUCCUGGGACAAGGGCAAUGGACAGCAAGCUCCGGUCACUGCCUACACCAAACCUUCGCCAAAAGCUGCAGGCAUACCUGCAGGGAAGCGGCAGCGAACGGAUGGGUGGGGCAAGAGUCAAUGGAAGGCUGAAGAAGAGACGUGGGAAGAUUUGGGUGAAUGAGGCGUAAGUGGAUCAAAGGAAUAAAGCAUCUUGUGGUUAGUGGAAAGCCUUCAAGGUGGGGCCAGCUAGCGCAGCUUGUGGCCGAUGAAGCGAAGUGAAAACAUGGCCGAUGAAGCGAAGUGGACCGGUUUUUGCUGCCAACAUGUGACUCGCAAGCCCGGGCGCUGCCUACCCAUGGCCGUCCUCUGCCAACCGGUGACGUACUUCUUGUUGCUUUGCACCGGAGUGACGGUCCCCGUGAUGCACCGCCGGCACGUCGGCCGUGAUGGAGCGAGUGGGGAAUCGGCGGGUGGCAAACUACGAACGAACUCCCAAAGAUAGACCAGUC